CAGAAACAAAUGCAACAAACACUGCCACAGAAAUACCAAACAUAAAAAUCAACAGACUGAGUGGAAGACGAGACAACAAAUGGCAAUCAAGUGAGCGCCACAAAACGUUGCACAAAGUGUCGCGACUAACAACACAACAAUGUGCUGCAAUUAAGGCUUCCAGCUGCAACAGCAGCAACAGUUGCAAUAGCAGCAAACGUCAGCGUCACACAAUGGCGACGUCAACGUCGACGCUGACGCUGCUCCUCUCACUCGCUGCAGCAACAGCAGUGGCUGCCACAGCAGCAGCAGCGGCAGCUGCAUCCACAUCAAACGUGGCCAGGCCUGCCAAUUUCUCCAACUUCAACUCCAAUUCGAAUUCGGCUUGUUCCCUGUCCGAAUUUAGCUGCUCGAAUGGACGCUGUGUGCCACUCAGCAAAUUCUGCAACAACAACAACGAUUGCGGCGAUGGCAGUGACGAGCCACGCUUCUGCACACGCUGUAAUCGCACGUAUUACGGGGACAUUGGACAGACAUAUGCACUGGAAUUACAUCGACCCAAACAGGAUCGGGUGCCCUUUGUUUGUGUGCUCACGUUCACAGCGGCGGGCGGACAACACGGCGAUGUCGUCCAGGUCACUUUGGACAGCUUCACCAUUGGUCGCUUCACGAGCUAUGUGCACGAAGGAUGCCCCGAUGGCUAUAUGCAAAUCGCGGAAUCUGCUCGCACACCGAUUGGAGGCAUGUGGUGUGGCAGCUCGUGGGGACCCGUUCUAUUCUACAGCGAGACACGCUCCCUCAUCUUCACCAUCAAGCUGAACAGACUUGCAAGGGAUCAGAGCGGUUACAAUUUCGACUUUCGCAUCAGGUACAAGGUGCUCUCAAAGGACAGCUCUGUUACCCGCUACGGCGGCAUUAAGCUUGCAGAGCUCGCCCAGUGGCACAAUCGCAGCAGUUUUCUCAACCAGCAGCAGCAGCAACAGCAGCAGGCGGGUCAAGGUGCCCUGGAGGAUUUUAGCAAUGCGAGUGGUGCCCGUUCCGAUCGCUAUGGCCAGGACUUUAGUCUGUUCAGCGCCUAUGCGAACAACAAAACCUUCAUGGACUCGCUGGAGAAGCCGCUGCCCAAGGACGAGCACAACUACACUGAACCCAAAUACUAUCUGGGCGACCUCAUCCCGGGCACAUAUUGUUCGAGAAUCUUCAGCGAUUGCGACAAGAAGCCGUGUCGCCUGCAAUCGCCCAACUAUCCGGGCAUCUAUCCGCGCAAUCUCACCUGCUACUAUGCGGUGCGACAGCACGACGUGCCCCAUGGGAAACAUGCGCUGAUUGUCGUUAAACAGCCCAAGGGCAACCUGGUCUGGAUAUCAACGCAGGAAACGGCGGCCACAAACAAAAUGGCGCCGCCGCCAAGUGCUCCCGGGGACAAGGAUAAGAAAUUUGAGCCGAAACUGAAAACAUGGAACGACUGCGAUUACAUUCAGGAAAAUGUAAAGGCCAAAUGGAAAUCAACGGAUUACGUGACCGUCUAUGAUGGCUACACCACACGUGACCCAAUCAUACUGAAGUUUUGCGGCGGCGGUCAGGCAGUGCCCGUAUCCGUAUCGAGUGGCCCGGAGCUGCUUGUGGAGUUUAGCACGUCGCCGUUUGGCACCUUUACGGGCACCUCAUCACAGGUGCUGCCGCUCUACGGCUUCCAACUGGAGGUUGAGGUACAAUUUGUGGACAUUCAGAGUCCCACCUACUCCAAGAACAAGAAACCCUGCGAAUUUUGGAUACGUGGCGCUGGACGUGGCAUUCUGGAGAACCCGAAACACUCGCUGGCUCCCAAUUCCACGUGUCUGUAUCAUCUGCAGGGCAUGGGCGUCUUCAAGACAUUUGACCACCUCAGCUUAUCGCGUCGCACCAACAGUCAGUCGGGCAUGCAUCAGCCUCUGUCACGUUUCAAAGUUUGGAUAUCGGUGCUGAAGUUCAAUCUGGAUCCGGAAUUUGGGCAGAUCGAUGAGACUUCAGUGGGUGCGAUUGGUGUGCUGCAGACCCAGGAGGAUUGCAGCGGGAUGCUGCGCAUUUGGGAUGGCACUCUGAGGGAUCCACCCGUCUGCAAGGAUCUCAACUGCGCCAGUGACUCGAGCAGCUAUAACUCUCUGGGCCAUCAUUAUGCACACAACUCGACGAAUGUGAUUGCGAGAUUCUGUCGUGGAACAAUACCGAGGACUUGCGAUCGCUCGAACAUCAAUGAAACCUUCGCCCGACCCUGCACCAUAUCCGAGAGCUAUGUGUCGAGCAGCGAUGCCAUAACACUGGAGCUGCGCAACACGGAAUCCACGGUGCUCAGACCGCUCGACUUUAAGCUCAAGUACGAGUUCAUUGAUCUGCAUCAGGAUGGUCUGCCCCAGGGCGGGGGUGAGUUGGACUGCAAUCGCAAGUUUGUCAGCAGUCUGAUGGAUCGCAAGGAUCCGGCCAUUUUUCGCAGUGUACGCAACAUUUUCCUCUUUGGCCGCGGCGGAACAAGGCAUCUGAAAUGCGUCUAUCGCUUUGAGGCACUGCGCGGAGAGCGGGUGCGAAUCAAACUGCGCAGGGUGACAACCUCAAAUCGUCCUUGCUACUCCCGUCUGGAUGAGGACAUCAAUCGUUCCUUCUGCUAUGGCGAUACCAAUGUGCGCGUCGAGAUCUUUGAGCGACCCUAUCCGGACUCCAUUCUGCUGCAUCGCGGCUGCGUCUGCAACUCGUCGAACCAAUCUCAUCUGCCCAUUGAAUAUACCUCGACGGGUCGCGAUGUGGAGGUGCAUUUCAUAGCACACAAUAUGACCACAUUGGACGAUCCAGACACUGCCAAUUUCGAGGGCAUGUUUGAGUUUGUCAAGGCGCCCACCAGCUGCAAGGAUGGCCGUCGCAAAUUUGGACCCAGCGGCACCAUCGAUAUGACCUUCGGGGAUAUUGAGUGCCGCUCGAGACCGUGGCUCAUUGAGCCCUCCAAUGGCAACAAGUUUCUGUAUGUGCGCCUCAAGGCCAUCUUUUUGAGCAAACACAAUCCCAAGAAGACUCUCAAUGCAACCCAUAUGCAGACCAACAGCUGGCGCUGCGAGACCAAAUCCCGAGCAGUGCUAACCACAUCGGAGGGUCUCACAAUUGUGGCCUGUCCGCUGAGUCCCGAUUCGAGUGGCUAUGAGUUCGUGGAGAUCUUUAGCUCCGGCUGGAAUGAGCGACCCAAUUUUGCGCUGAUCAAUCGCUCCCGGGCUAUAAGCGUAGAGUUUCUGCGUCCCAGCAAUGGCGAGUACAGCUUCAACUGGAUGGAACUGGUGCCCAGACCCACGCUGAGCAUAGCUGAGGAUUGUCAGUUCAAGUGCCCGGAGCUGGGCGCCUGUGUGAAUGCGAGUGUUUGGUGCGAUGGCGUCAUCCAUUGCCCCUCGGGUGAUGAUGAGGCCUUCCUGCAGUGCUCGGCACUGAUGAAGUUACCCGCCGAGAUACUGGCCACACUCUGCCUAAUCUUUGUGCUCUCGUGUUGUGCUUUUGCCGCCUUUGCUUACAAGAAAAUCAAGCGUAAAUUUCGCGGCUCGUCGGUGCUGCAGACGCGUCUCAAAUCGCUGAGUUCGAUGGAUACGGCUGUGCUGGAUGAAAAGGAGAGAACGAGCCAAAUCGUCGUUGAGACAAAGGCCUAAAACUUCUUGGGAGCAACAACAAUUAAACGCAACUGAGCUGGCUGCGAGAGAGACAGAGACAGAGAGAGAGAGAGGGAGAGAGAGACAGACAGACAGUGAGUGUGAGAGAGAGGGCGCGAGUGAGUGAUAAGGGACUCCUCCAGAAGGCAACGAUCUUAAAUGCAAUAUUUCUAUCAACUCACCUUAUACAAGUAUUGUACAUAAAUAUGGAAAAAAAAAAGAAAAAAAGAGAACAAAUAGAGAAAAACUUCAGCUGUAUAACAAUUUUACAAUGCGCCUUUUAUUUAAAAAUCAUUGAUCAUCUAUCUAUACAAUUAGAACAGUUCUUAAGUUACACUCGAACAAAAUAGAGGGCAAAAAAAGAAAAACACAAACUCAGACAAUAAAAUUACAAAGAGAUUUUGAGCUACUACUUGAGAUCGAAAUCGAGUCAAGAUCAUAAACAGACAUAUACAUAUACAUACUAAAUAUAAUAUAUAAAAUAAAAUAAA